AUGGCUGACGAGCAGCGUGUGCUCCUAGAGCGCCUUAUGGGCAAAGAUGCUCUUAUAUCGCCCCAGCCUCGUCGAAAAGAAGUGGAACUCACGUCCAGCAAAGUCUGCAAGUCUUUCCUUGUAGGAAGCUGUCCAUACGACUUGUUAGCUGCCACCAAGUUAAAUAUCGGAAAGUGUCCUAAUUUGCAUCUGGAAAAGCAUAAGCUCGAGUAUGAGUACCGUACGAAAAAGCUUGGCGAGAAGUUUCCUGAAUUUGAGUAUGAAUACUACAAGACAUUGAGGAAAUGGCUUGAAGAGAUCGACUUUAGUGUUUCUACAGCAUUGAAACGUCUAGAUCAUACUCCAGAAGAAAGACAGAGGGUAGCUACUGUCACAAGGCAGCUUGAUGAUCUUGACGUGAAGAUUGGUCUUGCAGCGCUGGAAAUCACGCAUUUGGGUAAGGCUCAGGAAAUCACCAUGGCACUUAAACAAACCAUCAAAUUGGAAAAGCUCCUACGAGAGAGAGAAGGAUUGGCGGAACAGGCAAGACUAAUAGCAGAAAAUCUCGGCCAGUCAGCCCAACAAAAGCUUCAAGUCUGUGAGGUAUGUGGAGCAUACUUAUCCAGACUCGAUAACGAUAGACGUUUAGCCGAUCACUUUGUCGGUAAAAUCCACUUGGGCUACGAGCAGAUGCGUACAGUUUAUAAUGAUUUGAAACGGAAAUAUGGGUAA